AUGGAUGACUUCCAUAUGGAUAAUUGGAGGCCAUCUGUCGAGAGCUCCACUUUUGGAGGCGGAUUGCCAAGCACAACUCAGAUGAUGGCGCAAAUGGAGCGGCGUAUGGCCAAAAUGCGCGAGGAGAUGAAUUCCAUGUCUCUCUUUGGCGGCCGUGAGGGGAGGAGUCUACUCUCCGGUGAUGACAUGGGCACCGGUUUUCCUAGCCUGAGCAGCGACGGUAUGCUUAGUAAAGGAAGUGGGGGAGGCACGGGCAGCAACAUAAUGUCUUCGUCCACAUCGCGUUCUUCUAGAUUCUCCUCUAGCACUGUCGCCAAUGUUCCAGUUUACUAA